UAAAUCGGGCCAACCAAACAUAUUCAUUUCCUAUACACCUAUGUGAGGAAGUAAUGCCAUCGGCCAUUUUCUACGCAACCGUAGUUCCCUUAGUAGUGUAUGUUCUGGUAAAAAAAGGCAUAGUUGAACCUUUCCAUAAAGAACAGCAAGCGCAGAAGAUCGAAAAAGAGAAACAAAAGAAUCAAGUGCAGUUAAUGGAGAAACGUAGAGAGGCGCAGGCGGCAGUAGACCUUAUGACUGCAACUUACGCGCGCAUUUGCACUGACGAGGAGUCUAAAAAAGGCCUUAUAAUUAAUAAAGCGUUAUACGGGAAAAUAUUAAACGAAAAAAGUGAAAGCGAGGAAGUUAUAAAUGUUACUAUUCCCUUGCAAUGCUUAGUACGGGAUAGUAAAUUGGUUUUAUACGAACAAUCAAAGAGUCAACUACCUGGGUUCUUUGAUCCUGCAGUUGGUGAAGAUAAAUUUCUGUAUGUUUCGUAUACUUAUCGUAGUCAACCAUAUGAAGUUACAGCGGGCGAUACAGAACUUUUACGAUUACCAAAGUCGAGUCAUCGGAAUAGUGUAACAUAGCUAUAAUAUAACAUCAAAGAUUAGCCGUUAAAUUUGUUGUAGAUUUUUCAUGAAGUUUGUGAAAAGUUUUUUUUUGUACAAAAUGAUUAAAAGUAUUUCGACCAGA